GGGAGCUGGCCAGUUUGACUUUGGAGUAGCUUCCCUCGCCGAUUGUCACCCCCAAUUUGUAGCCCAUCCCGCGCAGAACUUUCUCCGUGCACAUUUUCAAAAAGACUGCCAAAAGAUGAACCACAGCUCGACUGAACCGGCAGAGACCAUCGAGCUACUGCGGUAUCUCAGUAAAGUGGAGACAGCAGCCAUUGAGACAGAGCUGGUGAGGGACUACAGGUUUGGCCAGCAGCAGCUGAUAGAGAUCUGGGGGCAUGCCUGUGCCAUCGCCAUCACCAAGGCCUUUCCUCUGACCUCCCUGGGUAAGAAGCAGCCAACAGUGUUGGUGGUCUGUGGUCCUGACCAGAACGGCUCCAUCGGCCUGGUGUGUGCCCGCCACCUACGCAUAUUUGAGUAUGAGCCCACCAUCUACUAUCCCAAACGCACCCCUCACACCAUUCACCAGGACUUCACAGUUCAGUGUGAGAAGAUGGACAUCCCAUUCCUCUCCUAUCUCCCAACAGAGGUGCAGUUGAUCAACGAUGCCUAUAACCUGGUGAUCGAUGCCAUCCUGGGGCCAGAGACUGACCACACAGACGUGAAGGAGCCCUACGCUGGCAUCCUAGUCACUCUGAAGCAGGUCAAGAUCCCCAUCGUCAGUGUGGACAUACCCUCAGGUUGGGAUGUGGACCAGGUGACCUCAGAUGGGAUCAACCCAGACGUCCUGAUCUCGCUUAUGGCACCAAAGAGAUGCGCCACCAGUUUCACGGGGAAGCACUACUUGGCGGGACGCUUCCUGCCUUAUGACAUCCAGAAGAAAUACGAUCUGAACCUGCCAGAAUACCCAGGCAUAGACAGUGUUAUAGAAUUGUAAAAUCUUCUGUACACCCUCACCAGUCCUCAUUUUGGAUAAAUAUGGAUAAUAUAUUCACGUUUUGUAUUUUAUAGAUUGUUACUGUGCUUUAUUGUUCAUGUGCUACAGUGCUAUGAAAAAGUAUUUGCCCCCUUUCUAAUUUUCUCUACUUUUG